AUGACUGUUACCAUGACAGCAUCUGGAGCCCAACUCCUCCUGUUGGCCUUAUGUGUUUACAGAGGCUCAGGCCUGCAGCAGUCUGCUCCACGGGUUCGUCUCUCCUUCAAAGAACUGAUGGACACGCGUGCGGCCCGGCCUUUUAGUUUCUCCUUCAACACCAGCGACUACCGCAUCCUCCUGAUGGAUCAGGAUCAGGGCCGUCUCUACCUGGGCAGCCGGGAGUACCUGGUGGCCCUGGACAUGCACAACGUCAACAAGGAGCCUCUCAUAAUCCACUGGCCGGCAUCCGCCAAGAGAAAGGGAGAAUGUCAGAUGACAGGAAAGGGGAGACAGGGCGAAUGUGCCAAUUUCGUGAGGCUGAUAGAGCCGUGGAACCGCACCCACCUCUACACCUGUGGAACGGGGGCGUACCAGCCCAUCUGCACAUUCAUUAACCGGGGCUGGAGGGCAGAGGACUACCUGUUCAGGCUGGUCCCUGGGUACAUGGAUUCAGGGAAAGGAAAAUGUUCCUAUGAUCCCACACAGGAGAACAUUGCAGUUCUCAUCCAUGGUAACCUAUACGCAGGCGUCCAUAUUGACUUCAUGAGCACGGAUGCUGCUCUGUUUAGGACCAUGGGCGGGAGAACGGCAAUAAGGACAGAGCAGUACGACUCCAGGUGGCUCAAUGAGCCGGUGUUUGUUCAGAUCCAGCAGAUCCCUGACAGCGCAGAGAAGAACGACGACAAACUUUACUUCUUUUUCCGAGAGAAGAGUCUAGACUCCAGCGGCGGGGCGAGCCCCAGUGUUUUGGCCAGGGUGGGAAGAGUGUGUCUGAAUGAUGAAGGAGGGCAGAAGUCUCUGGUGAACCGCUGGACGACCUUCUUGAAGGCUCGUCUUAUCUGCUCCGUGAUCGGCGAAGAUGGAGUGGAGACGCGCUUCGAUGAACUACGGGACGUGUUUAUUCAACCCACGCAGGAUGAACGAAACCCGAUGGUGUACGCUCUCUUCACCACAGCAGGCUCCGUGUUCAAGGGCUCAGCAGUGUGCGUGUACGCCAUGGCUGAUAUACGCAACGUCUUCAAUGGACCGUUUGCCCACAAACACGGACACAAUUACCAGUGGACAGAGUACACGGGCAAGAUUCCCUACCCACGACCUGGAUCAUGUCCAGGAGGAACCUUCACUCCAGGCAUCCGCUCCUCCAAGAACUUCUCGGACGAGGCUGUGGAUUUCAUCCGAGCUCAUCCCCUCAUGAUCCAUCCAGUUUAUCCUAUCCACCGCCGCCCCCUGGUGGUGAGAACCGGCGUGGACUACCGCUUCACUGCCCUGGUGGUGGAUCAGGUGGAUGCUGUUGAUGGACGCUACGAGGUGCUGUUCCUGGGGACAGAUCGAGGGACCGUGCAAAAAGUUAUCGUUUUGCCGAAGGACCCGAUCAGCAUGGAGGAACUCACGCUGGAGGAAGUAGAGGUUUUUAGGACCAGGGCUCCUGUCAAAACAAUGAAGAUAUCUUCUAAAAGACAACAGCUCUACGUGUCAUCGGACGCGGGGCUGACCCAGGUGUCGCUGCACCGCUGUGGUGUGUACGGCAGGGCCUGCUCCGACUGCUGCUUGGCCCGGGACCCCUACUGCGCCUGGGAUGGAGAGAGCUGCUCUGCCUUCACCCCGUCCACCAAGAGGAGGAGCAGAAGACAGGACGUUAAACAUGGGGACCCUCUGAGGCAGUGCAGAGGCUUCAAUGCAAAAGUGGAGAAACGUCUCAGAGAGACGGUUCAGUUCGGGGUGGAGGGCAGCAGCACUUUCUUGGAGUGUCAGCCUCGCUCUCCUCAGGCCACCGUCAAGUGGCUCUUCCAGAGGGAGGGGAAGAGGAAAGUGCUCGGCCGUGUGGGGGGUGUUCUGAAGACCAACCACGGCAUCCUCCUGAAGUCCCUGAACCAAUCAGACGCAGGCCUCUACCACUGCCUCGCCACUGAGAACAACUUCAAACACACCGUGGCCCGCGUGGCUCUGCGCAUCCUGGACCGAGACAUCGUUCUGGCUCUCACUGCUCAAGACGAGGACGAGGAGCCCAAAACCCGGCAGGCGGGACCUCACCCGCAGGCGUCCUUCGUCUCCACACCUUUCCCGCCCGAGAUCAGACUGAUCAACCAGUACUGCCAGUCCUACUGGGAACAGCUGAGUCCCAAACAGCAACAGCAGCAGCAGCGCAAGCGCACCAGCCGCAGGCACACAGAGAGCCAGGACCAAGGCCUCGGCUAGACGAUGGGACCCAUGCUGUCCAACACUGGCCUGUCUGGACUCUACAGUGGACUUUUAUGUUUGACAUGCAUGUUUGGUCGUUACCUCCAUCCAUUAGGCAGGUGACGCGUUCAUGCUGUCGUUAAAGAACUAUACUGGUGGUUUUGCCAGUGUCAGCCUAAACACAGGUUGUGUAUAUUUUACAUUACCGAUGACCACUUUUCAAAGAACACAGUUUGGUUCUCUCAGGUUUCGGUUCGCAUUAGUUUGACGUCGAAAUCAAGUCACAGACUUUGAUCACCUGUCACACGGGAUUGUUUUCAGACCUUUCAUUUUAGAGCUUUUAGGAAACACCAGCAUCAGUGAUUUGAGAGUGAUUUCAACAUUUUGAGUUCAAGAAACGAAGAAAUUACACACAGUCUUUUUCAUACAGUUAAUGUUUGCUUAUUAUUUGUCUCACAGGUUGCUCCCAGGACUUUGUGUUAAAGUUUCCUCCGUCUGAUGUAGGAUGGUUCUCACCACUAAGGUCAGAUUUCCAAAACACACCUGGAUUACCAGGCAGCUCUAAUCUUUCUGUGACAAAACCAUAACAUUAGUGAUUGUGAUCGAUCAUAUAUAUUCGAGUCAAGUUCGCCGUUGCUUUAAAAAAGUUUGACUGUGAUGUAAAGUAAACGCAACAUGUAGUUAAACGACCACAACAUGCAAAACCACAGCUAUGGUCCUUAUAAGUAUCUUGAAACAAAAAUGUAAUAUAUUGAUUGUGAAUAUAAUAUAUAUGGUCAUUGGAUUACACUUGUAUUGUAUGAAGAUAAUAUGUUGCAUGCUUACGUGUUGUUGUUUGUUGCAAGUUGUACAUUUGACUGUUUCCGACCGUGAUGUGUUGCGAUGUUUGUAAGGUGUAACGUAUUCUGUUAAGCUAAUUCCAUUGGAUGUUUGUCAUGUAAUGACUCCCUUACUGUCCCGUGCUCUAGUGACCUACAGUAUGUGAGUGUUUAAGAUAUAGCAUACAGUGUUCUUCCAGUUAUGCACUUUGUCGGUGGCGGUUUUAGAGGGAAAUCUGGGAUCUUUUGCACAGAUGUAUGAGAAAAAUGAUGCAGAAACAUAGUUUUCAUGUACAGUAUGUUAUUACAACAAAAAAAUGGGACUGAAACUGGCUCAGAUUUAGUAUCAAUUGGUGGUGUUCUGUCAUCAGCUGUAUUUACGUGUUUACGUAUUUCUAAAAACGGCUCCUUUUUAAUGGAAGCACAAGGAACGAGACAUUUUGUCCAGCCAGAGCCACCAUUCACCAUCAUUGUGAGUAACACAGUGCUGUGUGCUGUCAUGCCGAUCAAUCCUACACUGGGAAUGUUUGAACAAAUAUAAAAAAAACAUUUCUCUCUUAAA